AUGAAAAAACAAGUCGAAUGGUUAAAGAGAAGUUUGUUUGAAAUUGUUAAAAUUCGAAGAGAAGAAAUUGAAAGAACACCUGAAGACGAAAGCCUAGUCCCUGAUUGGUUAACGAUGUUUCUAACCCUUAAUACACCACGUAGCGUUACUAAAGGGGUUGUUAGUGAUUUAAAUAGUCAACCAUUGACCGAUGGAGAAAUUGUUCCAAGUCUUAUAGAAACUUCCAGAAUAUUCCCUACUUUACCAAUACUCUUUAAAAGAAAUGAAAAACCGGACGAAAUUGGUGGCUACAUGUUCCCCGAAAGUACUGAAUUCUUUGCAUACAUCGAAGGAAUUCACAAACGCAAGUCCAAUUGGGUGAAUCCAGAGGUGUUUAAUCCUGAUAGAUUUGUGGAUGAGUUACACCCGGACUAUAAGAGAGUAGUUUACACAUUUGGAGGUCCUGGAAGAAAUUUGGCAUUACUUGAAAUGAAAGCUACAUUAGCCAUGAUUUACGAAAAAUACAAUCUUGAAUUGGCAGAUGUAAACACAUCUUUAAAGUUUCAUACUGGACUG